AUGGAUGAUGCUGGUGAAACUCAAGUCAAUACGAUAAGAGCUACAGUGUCAGAUGACAAGAAGAAAGGGAGAAAUGGGAUCAGUAUUGGACAAUGGAUAAAGCUGGGACUGAAGAAUUCGGCAAUACCGAGAAAGAGAGAAGACGGAUACUACGUCCGCCUUCCUUGGAAAGAGCGAUAUCAAUACCUUCCGGACAAUAAAGCACUCGCCCAGAAACGUCUAGUCAGCGUAUGGGCUUCAUUACGAAAGGAUGUCAACAUUCUGAAUCAAUAUAACGUGUUCCAAGAACAACUGGUUAACAAUAUAAUCAAAAUAGUGGACGAAACAGCACAAACCCAAGGAAAUAAAGUCCACUACAUCUCUCAUCAGCCCGUCUUUACUCCGAACAAAGCGACAACCAAGCUACGGAUAGUCUUCGAUGCGUCGGCACACUAUAAAGGAAUCGGACAAAUCGCAAUAAUAUCAGAUGUAGAGAAGACUUCUCUACAAGUACGACUACAAAAAGUAGAUCGUGAUGCAACUCGAUGUCUCUGGCUUAGAGACCAUAACUCGUCUCCUACACUGGACAAUAUCCAAACGUUCAGAUUCACCAGGGUUACAUUCGGAAUCAAGUCGUCUCCAUUCCUGCUGGCAGGGACAACGUACUAUCAUCUCGACAACCAUACCGAAGAAGCACCUUUGUGCCAAAAAAUAAAGAAGAACUCAUACGUCGACAACUUAAUCCUGACAACCGAUACACUGGAGGAUGCCGUCAAUAUUUAUGAUAAGUCAAAACAACUGUUUCAAGAGAUUUACAUGGACCUACGGGAACUCACUUCAAACAAUACCCGUCUAAUGGAGGUAAUAAAAGAAAGUGACAAGUCGACGCAACAGUGUCCCAAAGUGCUAGGAAUUGUAUGGGAUGAGUCUCGAGAUAUGAUCCAACUUUCUUGUCACCCACCAAUACACUCGGACGUCACGAAAAGACGCGUGAUGGGCACGAUCGCAGCAAUCUACGAUCCACUCGGAUGGUUAGUCUCACUCCUUCACCAAGCAAAAGUCUUCCUUCGAGACUUAUGGAGGCAACAAUAUGAUUGGGAUACUCCACUCCCCGCUGAUAAACAACAGGAGUGGCAUCAAAUUACCAAUUUUAUUUCCGGGUUCGAGAAGAACUUACCUCGGUUCUUAGCACCAAAAGGAAGUACAAACCUCUUGGUGACAUUUUCCGAUGCCAGUUCCAACACGAUAGCCGCUUGCGUAUACCUAUACCAAGAUAAUCGCGCAAAUCUCAUUAUGGCCAAAUCGAAACUUCCAUCGAUCCAGGUACAAUAUACAUUACCCAAAUUGGAGCUUAAUGCAAUGACAUUAGCAAUGCGUCUCACCAAUUCGUACUUUUUCAAUUUGCACCUUUUGGUCCGAUUCGGUUAUGUGGCCUCUCAUGAUAAUCCCGCCGAUUGUGGGACAAGAGGCCCAUCCAAAGAUGAGUUCACUACGCAUUUUUGGUGGACAGGCCCUCAAUUCUUGGAAUUACCACCCUCAGACUGA